AAGAGGGGGUGUUACUGUAGUCUACCUGCAGUGUCGCAGGAAGGCACGGAGCUUUACGGCCUGCUGGGCUCCUUCCGUCACCCGUGAGGAAUAGUUGGAAUUCCAGCGGCGGAUAGAGGCGAAUCCAUGAGUUUGCACGGCUCGCAAACGGGAUUCAAUCGGCGGCAGUCGGAGCGUCGCUUCACGGUCGCCGGCUUCUCAUCCCACAGCGAUGGACAGACGGAAACUUUCCUGCCCUUACAACAGUCCUAUGGGGGAGUCGGAGGGACGGUUCUGGCCGGAAACCAGAUGUACGCGACGGUGGGAAACAGAAACGAGAACUUCCACGCCAGCACCAAGCAGCGCUCAAUGUAUAGCCCCAGGAACUCCCGCGGCUUCGAUUUGGGCAUGCAAUCUCAGUACAACAGUGGGGAUAUGCUGAAGAAUCACCAUGAUAUCGUCCUUGGACUGACAGGCAAUUGUGCAAGUAAACUUAAUGAAGCAGAGAAGAUGCUGCAACAGGAUUUGAAUGCUUUUGAUCAUGGUUAUUUUGGGAAAUACAGACUCCGGAUUGAUGGAUUGUUACAAAGUGCUGGUGAAGACCUAUCAAACAUUGAAGAAGGCAUUGAAGAAUUACAGCGUAAUGGGAUUUCCACUAAAGCACUGCAAUCUAGUAUGUUUCAUCUCCAAAGUCAGAUGAAUGCUAUUGCGAAAACUAUCACUGAUCGUUGGUCAGAACGUACCAAGUCACUGUAUAACAUCAACCAAAGACCCUCGGAUUCCUGGGAUGAAGAGCUUUCAAGGUCGGCCACUGAGCUAAUUAGCUGGAUAAGGCAGCAAAAGCUUCAGUUAGACUCUCAAGAAUGGGGUGUGGAUGCGGCCUCUGUAGAGCAGCAGAUGAGUAAUCACAGAAGGUACCAUAAGAGCCUUGAAGAUGUUCGCUGGAAAAUAGAGAAAAUGAAAUCAGAGCAGCACGACAAUCAUUCUAGCAGCUACAGGGAUGCCAUUGAAGCAAUAGAAAAUGAAUACGAAGCUAUGUUGAAAAUUUCAGCGGAUAGAUUUGACGAAAUGAGAAAGUUUCAGGACAUCAUUCAAGCCACCUCCAAUGAGAUUAUGUGGAUUAAUGACCGCGAGGAAGAAGAACUUGUCUAUGAUUGGAGUGACAAGAAUACAAACAUGGCUCAGAAGCAAGAAGCGUUCUCAAUGUUGAUGAGCCAAUUGGAAGAUAAAGAAAAGCAGUUAAACAGACUCAAACAAGAUGGUGACCAGCAAGUAGCAAAUAACCAUCCUGCAGCUGACAAAAUUGAGGCAUACAUUGAUACUUUGCAAACCCAAUGGAGUUGGAUUCUUCAGCUUACUAAAUGCAUUGAGGUUCAUCUGAAGGAGAAUUCCAAUUACUUUCAGUUUUUUGAGGAUGUGCAAUCAACUGAAAGCUCUCUGAAGAAAAUGCAGGAUUCACUAAGACAGAAAUAUGUCUGUGAUAGGUCAACAACGCUGCAGCUUUUGGAGAAGAUGAUUGCAGAAUCUGAGAAAGAUAAGGAGAAAAUCCACGAAUACAAAAGACAAGUGUCAAACUUGGUCAACAAGGCGAAGAAGAUAGUGCAGUUAAAACCACGCAAUCCAACUGCUAGUAUCGACAUACGGGGUCCAAACCAAAUUAUGCUCAAGGCUCUUUGUGACUACAAACAGGAUCAGAGAGUUGUCCAUAGAGGAAAUGAAUGCAUUUUACUGGAUAAUACACAACGCAGCAAGUGGAGGGUGAUUGGACCAGGAGGAAUGGAAAUGGAAGUUCCAUCUGUUUGUCUUCUCAUCCCACCUCCAAACCCUGGUGCAAUUGAUCUUGCAAGCAAAAUUGAUCAGUACUACGAGGCUAUCCUUGCUCUGUGGAAUCAGCUGUACAUUAACAUGAAGAGCUUGGUGUCCUGGCAAUACUGCCUGUUAGAUAUUGAAAAGAUACAGAGUUGGACCAUAUCUGUGUUACAGACAAUGUCUGGGGAAGAUAGUGAGUUAGUCCUCAGAAGCUUGGAAAAGAACUAUAAAGCAUUCCAGACAUUCAGCAAGGAUUCACAGCACUUCACUGAUGCAGACAAGCAUAAACUGGAGAACCAAUAUAGCUCUAGCAAGAAUCAUUAUACGAGCAUGGUAACCAAUCUGGAGGAAAAGAGAACUAGUGUCACAGGUCCAACACAGGUGGUAUUAUCACCACAGCACGCCGCGCCACCACCAAGGAUGGACUUGAAUUUCCAGCAGGAACUCCAGAAGAUACGUUAUCGUUUGGAGGUGAAUGAAAACAAAAUGAUGGAAAAAAUACAUCUCCUCAUUGAUUCAAAUGCGCAGGAAGAGUUUGCAGAGAGGAUAUCUGAGUUAGAGCUUUUGCAAGAUCAGUUGAAUACAAUUGACGAUGACUUUAUCAGCCUUCAGGAUAAAUGGUAUCGAUCACCGAAUGCAUCAAGCAAUCAGAAAGCAUAUUUUGAAACAGAAUUUAGCCGAAUAAGCCAAAGAUUGAAGAAUGGCAGUGACUUUUCCUCGGCCUAUUUAGAGAGAAUGAAAGCAUUGAGGUUACUCUUCCAAAAUAUUCUCGAAGUGGAAGAUCUGAUAAAAGUUUAUGAAGCAAGACUAACAGAAGAGGAGACUGUCCCAAUGAGUUUGGAGAAAAUCGAAUCCUACAGAGACAAUCUGAGGAAAAUGAAAAUGGAAGUGGAUCAGAAGAAGAAUUUGUUGACGUUGAUGCAGCAGAAUAUGCAGGAAUCGUUCCACAUCAAUGACGACAUAAUGCCAUCUUUCUACAAGUGUGAUAUAGAUCUUACAAAGUACAAUGAGAAAGUAACGCAGCUGUCAGACAGGUGGCAGAGGAUCUACAAAGAAAUUGAUAGCAGGUAUUCUGAUUUAGACAAAGAACGUAAACAGCUCAGAGACUAUGGAGAUUUGUUCCAGAAGCUUAGUAAGUGGAUUGAUGUAACAAAACGCAAACAGGAUGGGUUGCAAAUCAACAGAUGUGAGGAUACAAAUGUCCUUGUACAGCAGCUAAAUGAACAAAAGAACUUGCACUCAGAAAUAAAGAAUAAACGAAGUGAUGUUGAAGAGUACCAAAAACAUGCAGACCACUGUGCAACAUCUGUAAAGGAUUAUGAGCUACAAUUAGCAUCAUAUAGCGCUGGCCUGGAAACACUGCUGAAUAUUCCAGUCAAGAGACAAGUGGCACAGUCAAUUUCCACUACAAUUCUUCAUGAGUCUGCAGAUCUGCAGUCUCGUUACAUAGAACUGCUUACAAGAUCCAGUGACUACUACAAGUACCUAAGUGAGAUGUUGAAGAGCAUGGAAGAAGCAAAGAUAAAAAACACAAAAAUUGAGCUUUUGGAAGAGGCACUUAAAAAUGCCCAAGAUGAGAAUGCUGAUAGUAUGCACCAGAAGAAGUAUCUUGAUCAACAUUUAAGCCAGGUUCAGAGUGAGUACACAGACUUCCGGAAAAAGAUACUCCUCCUGGAGGAGCAGAAGAGGAAUGCUGAAAUAGACCGAGAUGCCACGAAACACAGUCUGGAUGCACAACUUAUCAAAAUAAAGGAAGUCAAUGAGAAGAUCACAAGACUGACGUUUGAAAUUGAUGAGGAAAAAAGAAAGAGAAAAUUAGCUGAAACCCAGUGUGACCAACGAAAGGAUGAAUAUGAUAGUAUUUUUCGAAUGAAGCAGAAGGAGCUUGAUGAGGCUCACUGGCUCAAAUUGGAGCUUGAGAAAUCGAUCAAAGACAAGGAAAGAGAGAUGGAAAAGCUUAGGGGUGUAUUGAAGGAGGAGUCUUUAAGAAGGCAACAACUUGAAAGUGAACUAGAUAGGCUUAGGGACCAUUUUGAGCAGGAAAAAAGGGUAUUGAAUUCACAGAUUGAAAAAGAGGUUCACAUAAGGGAAACCACAGUUGAAAAGUUAACUAUGAAGAAGGAAGAUGAUGUUGCCACUUUGAAUAUUCAGUUGCAAAAGGCUCUGAAUGAGAAAAAGAACCUCAGUGAUGAAAUAGAUCGAUUAAAAAGUUCUGCGAGGGAAAUUGAGCUGAGUAGGAAAAGAGCAGAAAAUGAUGUUUUGCAACAGAAAUCAGCUAGUGCUGAAGAGUCCAGAAAGAGGAUGGAGCUUGAACUAGAAAUAGAAACACUCACCAAGUUUAAAACUGAGGAAACUUUGAGGUUUAAAUCAUUUCAGGAGGAUACCUCCAAAGCUAUCCAUGACAAAGCCAAGGAGAUCGAAAGGGUGAAGAUCUUACUGGAGGAAGAAAUAAAUAAGCGGAAGCAUUUGGAAAAUGAGAAUGAUGAAUUGAAAAAAAUAAAAACAGAUUUUCAGAAAAAGGAAGCUGAAAAUCUUGCUAAAAUUAAAAUCACAGAGCAAGAGUUUACAAUUAUAAAGGUGGAACGUGACAGAAUAUCUAGAGAAAAGGCUGGUUUGGAAAAUGAAAUUGCACGCCUGCAGAACAGUUUAAGGGAGGUGAACAGUGGGAAGUAUAAGAUAGAUGAGGAGCUGAAACAGCUAAGGAAGAAUCUAAGUGAAGAGACUGCGAAGAGAAGUACUGCUGAAGAGAAGUUUAGAAACCUUGAGCAAAAGUGCAGGGAGCAUACAAGUUCAAUUACGCGGCUUACCCAUCAGAUUGAAGAAAUCUCAAUCAUGAAGAAGAAGGUGGAAAAUGAUCUCUUUGAGCAACGGAACACUUUGGAACAGCAACGCAAGGAGAAGGCCAUCAGCACAGAGGAGUUGAGUAGGUUGUACACUGACAUAGAAACACUGCGUCGCCAGUUGAAUCAAGAGAAAGAGAACGUGAGACAGGCUCAUCAGAGAAAUGAGUACUUGCAGAAAACAAUUGAAGAGAAAAGCAAGAUUUUGAACGAAAGCAUAAGUGAAAUAGAUAGGCUGCGUUCUGUUGUGGAAAACCUCACCAAAGAGCGACUGAAGUUGGAGGAAGAAUUGAGAAACUUGAGGUCAGAAUUUGAUGAUCUCCACAGAAGCCAAAGUGAAACGGAGGGUGAGAAGUCGCAAACCAUCUCGGAGUUGAGGAUGCAACUUGAACUUUCUAACAAAAGAACAACUGACCUACAGGAGCUAAUUAUUGAGUUAAAGAAUGAGAGGGAAAAAUUGAAACUGGAAGUUGAAUCAUUCCAAAAGCAAGCUCUGGAGGCAACCAAUAUGAUUAAGCAGACACAUACUGCUCAUAAAGACAUUUUGCAAGAAAAAGAAUCUCUGCUGCUGAAGAUCAAACUCUUGGAACAGGAUAAGGCAAGGCUUCAACGUUAUGAAGAUGAACUAAGUAGAGUAAAGGCACUCCUUGAAGCUGAAUCCCGCAUGAAGCAGCGACUUCAGGAUGAAGUCGAUAUCAUCAGAACUGACAUAAGCUACUGGAAGAAUCAGGCAGAAGUGCAACAGUUAGAAAAGGGCAAAUCAAAUAGUGAGUUUGAGCGUUUGAAAGCUGAGCUAGAGAGACUGCAAGCAGAACUGAGAAUGACUGAAGAAAGAUACAGACGGAAGCUUGAGGAUAGUGAAAGAGCGAAGAGGAUGGAGCUGGAAGCACUUGAAGCCAAAACAAAAUUAGAAAUUGAAAAGCUCAGUCAGACACUGCCAACUUUCAACAGACAUGCUCAAACAGGUAAUAUGGUUGUGGUUGAUUCUGCAAAACUUUUGUUUGAUGGAAUCCGUAAAAAGGUUACAGCAACCCAGUUGUAUGAUUGCCAGCUAAUAGAUGAAUCAACUUUAGAAAAGCUGCUGAGAGGAGAAAGAACUUUGAUGGAUGUUUCCAACGACAUUAAUGUGAAUCUUCAUGGGUUGGAGAGUAUAGCUGGAGUCUAUUCACAGUCAAAUGGAAAAAAACUCUCAAUAUCUGAGGCAGCAAAAGAGAAUAUCAUUAGUCCUGAUGAGGCUAUAUCACUUUUGGAAGCACAGGCAGCUACUGGAUUCAUCAUUGAUCCACACAGAAACAAAAGGGUGACUGUGGAUGAAGCUGUUGCAACAGGCCUUGUGGAUCAUAAAGACAGGGACAAACUCCUGGUAGCAGAAAAGGCUGUAACUGGAUUUAAAGACCCAUUCACAGGAAAGGUUAUCUCACUAUUUGAAGCAAUGAAGAAGAAUAUCAUUGACAAGGUGACAGGCCUUCGCUUGUUACAGGCACAGAUUGCAGCAGGUGGAAUAGUUGACUCAAUUAACAGUGUGUAUUUGCCAAAAGAGCUGGCAUAUAAACGUGGGCUGGUUGAUGCAGAAAUGUAUCAAAAGCUUACAUCUCCUUUUGAUGAAUCAAAAAUCUUUGUUGAUCCAAACACAGAUUCCAAAGUUUCCUAUCAGCAGCUGAAAUUAAACUGCAGAACAGAUCCUGGGACAGAUUUAUUACUUUUGCCUUUGCAAAAGUCAGAAAUGGAAUUACCAGGAAUCAGAGCACCUGUUCUACUGCAGGAUCUUGUAAAUGCCCAGAUUAUAGAUAGAAAAACAGCAGACCAACUUAAACAUGGACGGCUCACGAUAGAUGAUGUUGCUGCCCAGUACAAGGGCUACCUGCAAGGUGACAGUUGUAUUGCAGGAGUGUUUGUUGAAGCCACACAGGAAACACUGCCAAUCUAUCAAGCCAUGAGGAAGAGCUUGAUUAGACAAGGCACAGCCCUUGAGCUACUAGAAGCCCAGGCAGCCACAGGUCAUAUAAUUGAUCCAAUUAAUAACCAAAAGCUAACUGUUGAGGAAGCUGUUGCAAAGAAACUCAUAGGUGUGGAGUUCAAAACAAAACUACUUUCAGCAGAGAGGGCUGUUACUGGUUACAAGGAUCCUGAAACUGGGAAGAUCAUCUCGUUGUUUCAGGCAAUGCAAAAAGACUUGAUUGAACACAAUCAUGGAAUUCGCUUACUUGAAGCCCAAAUUGCCACUGGUGGAAUUAUUGAUCCAACGCACAGCCAUCGCCUGCCAGUUGAUGUUGCUUACAAGCGUAAUUACUUCAACAAAGAAUUGAAUGAAAUUCUGAUUGAUCCCAGUGAUGACUCCAAAGGCUUCUUUGAUCCCAACACAGAAGAGAAUUUGACUUAUCUUCAAUUAAAGGAUCGGUGCUUUACUGAUAAAGUCACGGGCCUUUGUUUAUUGCCUCUAAAGCAAAAGAAAAAGGAGUCUACAACUUCCAGGUCAUCUGCAGUAAGAAAGCGUAGAGUAGUCGUUGUGGAUCCUGAAACAGACCGAGAAAUGUCAGUACGCGAGGCAUAUCACAAAGACCUGAUAGAUUAUGAGACUUUCCUUGAACUUUCUGAACAGGAGGCAGAGUGGGAAGAGAUAACAAUUAAAGGAUCAGAUGGAAGUACCAAAACAGUGGUUGUUGACAGGAAAACUGGAAAUCAGUAUGACAUUGAAGAAUUGUUACAGAGAGGCAUAAUUGACAAGAAGAGUUAUGACGACUACCGGGCUGGAGCUCUGACACUUUCACAGUUUGUGGAUUUGUUUACUGAUAAGGAUAAUCUUACUGCAUCUAAAGUGAGCAGUGUAAUGAACAGUAGUCCAAUUCCAUCACUAAGUUUAAAACAGCCUUUUGAUUCUUUGGAGGAUGCUUCUCCCAUUGCCGCCAUCUUUGAUGUUGAAACAUUGGAAAAAAUAACAAUUUCUGAAGCCAUGUGUCGCAAUAUUGUUGAUACAAUUACAGGGCAGAGGCUUCUAGAAGCCCAGGCCUGUACAGGAGGUAUAAUAAAUCCUGGAACUGGUCAGAAGCUAUCCAUUCAAGAUGCUAUAUACCAAUGCAUCAUUGAUGAAGAAAUGGGAAAGCGGUUAAAACCGGCCCAGAAAGCUUUUGUCGGUUUUGACGACGUGAAGAACAAGAAAAGACUCUCUGCAGCAGAAGCAAUGCAAGAGAAUUGGCUGCCACAUGAAGCUGGGCAACGUUUCCUCGAGUACCAGUGUGCUACAGGUGGACUUGUCGUGCCAAAUGUUGCAGGACGAAUUACCAUUGAUGAAGCAUUAAGGAGAGGCUUGGUUAAUGCCAAAUCAGCUCAGAAACUGCAGGAUAGCAGCAGUUACUCAAAAUGUAUGACUUGUCCCAAAACAAAAUUGAAGAUUUCAUAUAAGGAGGCAGUAGAUCGUUCAAUGGUUGAAGACAAGACUGGCCUGCGGCUGUUAGAAGCGACAUCGUUUUCUACCAAAGGAAUUAAUAGUGCAUACAAUACAGGUGGUUUCUCUGGACCAGGUUCCCGACCAGGUUCCCGUUCAAGCUCAAGAAGUGGGUCAAGACGAGGAAGUUUUGAUGCCAGCUCUUCCAUUUUAACUAGUAGUCAUAUAACCAUUAAAUCCUCUUCUAUUAUACAUUAAUCAUUUGUUACUAGUAUCCAAGUAUGGUAGUUUUUGAAAUGUGUGGAAGAUCCAAAUUUAUAUUCUUUUCAAAUGCUUUCAAAUAUAGCUGAUUCAUACAUUGGUGCCCUGUUAAGAUCAUUAUCAAAAUCAGAAUCAGAAUCACUUUAUUGCCGGUAUGUAAAAUGUACCAGAAUUGAUGGUGGUUCAGUGUCAAGCAUAAAACACAGGACAAUAUCAUAACAGACAACACCAUAGAAGCCAACAGUUUACCAGGACAAUAGUGCAAACAGUCAUGAGCAAUCAACUGUUAUCAGAAAUGUCAAUGAUUAAACGUGUAAAUGUAAACAAGGGCUCAGUCAUUCUCAGCAUUAGGAGGAGAGCAGGAAGGACCAUUUAACAGAUGUUGUGCAGGAACAAUUGGGGUAUUACACCUGCAUGAGUUUUGUUGAAAAGCUGGAUAGCUCCAGGAAAGAAACUUCAGAGAUGAUGUGUAGUCAUGUUGGUGAUAGACUUGCAGCAUUCUUCCUGUUGGCAAUUUGGUGAAUAGGUGAUUGCUAUAGCAUGGAUGGAGUCAACAGUAAAUUUUUUUUCAGCUCUUUUCUUCACUCUGGCGAUGAACAUGUCGGGUAGCUGACAGCCAAUGAUCUUCACCUGAGUGGACCAAUCACUGUAACCUGGAUUUGGAGAGGAGGAGGUGGUGGGAGACCAAACGAUGGUGGAGGUGGUCACAACACUCUUAAUGAUGAGAGUUAAAAUUCAUCAGGAUAUGCCUGAAGAUAUUAAGUUUCCCAAGCUGGCGUAGGAAGAACAAAAAUCGCCGCUGGGUGUACUGGUCCCACUUCAAUGUAUUGGUAAUGGUAGUUCCCAAGAAUUUGAAUGACUUGACCACAAACACAGCCUGACCAUUUGUUUCCAAGGUUGAGGGGAGAGGGACAGGUAGGGGGUUGCUGAAAGAUAAUCCUCAUUUCCACUGUCUUGAUAGCACCAAGUUGUUAGAAGCACAGCCUGCUGCAAGAUGGUCUACCUCUCUUCGAUAGCAAGUCCCAUCAUUAUUAGAGAUGAGACCAACUACAGUUGAGUCAUACACAAACUAGAAUUUUCAUGCAUUUGUCUGUGGAGGUACAGUUUGUGCGAAAUGUUAACCAGAGUUACAAUUGAGUAACCAAAUCCAAAGGUUGCUGAUACAAUGAGGAAAUUUAACGUAAAACCCUUGCCAGAAGAGACUUCUCUUUCACAGUUAAUAUUGUCCAACAGUUUCAAAGUUACAGAGGAUCGUGCCAAUAAAGUGGGCUGUUAAAUAUCUCAAUUCUUUGUAUAGAACUAAUUGAGGUUUCAGUUUGUUUCAUACUAAAUUUUCUAUAGAUUUAAAAACUAAUUGAUCUUAACUUGGCUUCAUUGUAUUUACUGUAUGUAAUCUUAUGGGAUAUUUUAGCAGGUGCAAAGGAAAUUAUACUUUUUCUAAUGUUUUGAUGAAUAUUCAGUACAUGGCCAAAAACAUCUGUGUUAAUAAAAAAAAGUUUCUUUAAAACUUGCUGAAUGAAGUGUAUGUAUUUUUCUUUUCAUGUUCUUAGUAUUGUGACUAUUUAAAGAUAUACAAUCAUUUGAUUAUUGAAAAGUUGCAUGUGCAGGCAAAUACACAUCAAAUCUUACAAGUGGAGACUGAGCAAGUGAAAAAAAUACUCAAUUUCUUGAAAUGUAUACCAACUAAGAUGAAGCGGCUUCUGUGUUGCUAACUGGGUGAAUAGUUAGCCUGUACUUAAUUUUGAGUAGGUCAUUAUUUCAGAAUUCAAUGCAGCAAUUUAAAAAAAAAGUAAACUUUACAUAACUGGAAUUUCCAGGUGGUUUCACUAAGUGUUGAUAGAAUCUCUGGAGUAAAGCUGUAAACUUGCAGCUCCGUGGAGAGUCAAAACAGAUCAUGUUCAGAUUCAUUUACUUAUCACAUGUACAUCAAAACAUACAGUGAAAUACAUCAUUUAUGGUUUUAAAAAAAAACAACACUCAAGGUGUACUGGGGCAGCCCGUCAUGCUCAGCAGACCUUUUCCCCACAUGGUCUCCUUCUCAUUCAAUUCCAGGCCUCAAAUCUUUGUUCACUGGGCUUUGACUGCUGAACUUCUGAUUGACCUCAGGGCUUCAAUCUUUAGUAUCAACCCCAGACGAGCUGAGGACGGGACCCUGAACCCUGGGAUUUGUUGGGCUUUGUGCUAUCUCAUCCCUUUUGUUUGAAUAGGCAUCCAAUAUGGGAACUCCCUGACAUUAGAAACUAGGAAAAGAUCAAAAAGUGAUACAGGACAAAAGGAUUUGGGGCAGCAUUGGGGAAAGACGCAAUCAAUUUCCCCGGGGAAAGAAUUUGGAUAAUGGGAGAUUUAGAAAAUUAAAGCAAAAGCAUAAGAAUGAAUGAGAAUUAGUAUGAUAGAGCAUUGAAUAAGAUUGCAGCAACAAAUAGGGUCAGUGAAAUGGUUAAUAGAAGGUUCUAUCAGAUAAAAAAAAUAAAACAAGCUUUAACAAAGGACUAUAUUCAAUUUGAUAAAUUCAGGUUUAAAAGUUGGGUGUCAAAGAAAGUUGCAUGCUAGAUAAGAAAGGCAAGCUGGCUAAAGCAGAUAGGAUAUUAGGUUAAGGCUGAAGACUUAUUUACACAAGAUAUAGGAGCAGAACAAGGCUAUACAGUCUGUCAAAACUAAUUUGCCAUUGAGCGUUACAUACCCCGUAACUGGGUUGCCAAACAAGCAGAAAUGGACCACUUAGUUGGAGUCUGGAUUACUGGAACUAAGAAAGUUUUAUUAAAGAAAUAAAUAACACAGUACUCUAAUCCUAAGGAUAUAAAUGCAAUGGGUUAGCAAUGAUAAAACACACAUGUACACAGAACUAGGAUAAUAGGAAUCAAUCAAGCUCUAUCGCUGUCUAGGGGUAAAAUGAUCAGUCUCAAGUGAUGCAGAGUUCAGUUCAGCUUAGUACAGUUUGCAGCAAUCGCUGUUGUGCCGUUGGAGAGAGAGAGAGAGAGAGCGAAUGAUAUGCAAAUUGGAUUCAAACAGACCUUUGAUAUUCCUCGCAGUUAGCUUUCGGGCAAGCCCUUUUUAAUGUCUUCUGAGGUCACCGACUGUGACCCCUCCAUUCCGGAUACAUUCAUUCUUCCGCGGUGAACCCGGCACCCAGGUAAGGGCGACACACACACCAGGUUCCAGCAGAUUAUACCUUUUCACCCUGUGCGUCUAUGGUCGAUCCCGCGAUCAGACCGCCAAAACUCUCACCAACUUGUGGGGGAACACUGCACUUCCAGGGUCUCAUUAUCUCGUGAUCUCGUGGUGUCUGUCUUGCCUUAGCGAACCUGUUCCUUUUAUCCCCCUGCUGGGGUAUCGCCUGUCCAUCAAACUUCAAACAGUUCAGGUUCAAAGCAACCGGUCUGUCAAUACUCGGAACUGUGUCACUUUUUGUUAAUCUCUCUCGUCUCUCAUUAACAUUUUGAAUGCUUCUCCCUUAUCUCUCUUAUUUGCACCAAUCUUCUGAUAACUUGGUCCUUCGUCACAUGAGUCAUACCUGAUUUUCUUCAACCACAUUCUCCUGCCUUCUCCCUAUGAUCCUUGGCCUCCCUCAAAUCAAGAAGCUAUCAAUCUUUGACUUAACUACACCCAAUGACUUGGCCUUCAUGACCCUCCAUGGCAAUUAAUUCCACAGACUCCCCUCCCUCUGGCUGAAGAAAUUCUUACUCAUCUCAGUUUUAAAAGGACAUCCCUUGAUUCUGAGAAUGUGCCCUUGGAUCCUACACUUUUCUAUUAAUGGAAACAUAUUUAAAGAUGUAUUUCAAAAUUUCCGACAAAGAUCCAUUAUGGAGAAAUAAAGAGAAUUGCAGCUUAUCAUUCACGGCUUAAUAAAGAAUGGAAUUAGUCUGAAAUUAAAGUAUAUGUUAAUAAGCAAAGAUUGCUAGUACAGUGAAACCCCGUUAUAACACGAUCGUUUGGGUCCAUAAAAUGUCAUCGCGAAAAAAAGUGGGGUCGCGCUAAAUCAGGGGGGUUGUUACUGCAGAAAUUAGAACACAAAUUAAUUUUUAGUAAAGCUUUUUAAUACACAAAACAACAAAUAAAAACAUUCAAGAAUAUUAGCAAUCUCUCUCCUCACCCUAUUACUGCUAUCUUUGGACUACCUAAAUUUCUAGUAAUCUUUCCCCUUCAGCCCGUAGAAUGAUUGCAUUUCUUACUUUAAUGGCGAAAAGAUGUAUUUUACAACAUUGGAAAGAGCUUAAUGCUCCAACUACCUUUUUUUGGUUUUCUCAGACGAUUUUAUGUUUGAAUUUGGAGAAAAUUAGAAGUAACCUUUAUGAUUCUUCAUUUAAAUUUGAACAGAUUUGGGGACCUUUUAUUCGAUAUUUUCAUUUAAUGUAAUAUUUACCCUUGUUUUUUUUUCACUGUUUUUAAUGGAGGUCGGGAUUGAGGACGUGAUUUUAAGUUUAACUCUGUUUGGUUUCAAGUUAGCCCAUUGCUUUGCUUUGCUUUUAGUUAGUUGCACGGUGGGGUUUUUUUUGGGGGUUUUUUUUUCUUUUUUUUCCAUUGAUAUAUAUAAAAUUUAGUAUACUAUUAUGUUAUCUUGGUUUCUUAUGUUUAAAUUACAUUGUAGUAUUUUUUUUGGUAUUGAUACCUUUUGGAAUUUUAUUAUACUUUAACAUUGUAUUAAUGU